AUGAUUACCCGUAAUUCUACUUCUUCAAUUAAUCGUAGAGGGCCACCCACGAUCAGAACGCAUUUGCCUAACAAAAGAGACAACCACUCUGAACCAGAGAAUUCACCCACACCCCCUCCCUCAAAAAGAUCCCGUCGAAUGCCUCCAUCGAACUCUAUGUCUUCCCCGUUUGUCUCCCAAUCACAAUUGGCUUUGCUAUACAACUUUGGGGAUGCAAGUGAGAUGAUCAAGUUCUUACAAAACGAAGAAGAUAGCGCAAAAAGACGCGAUCUUCAAAUACAGCUUUUGGAAAAGAUGCUGGAGAGUCACAACGGUCUCGCUGAUCACAUUGAAGCUCUCUUCAACUAUAUUCAAAGCGACAACUCGGGUGAUAUUGCAUCAAUCAAAUUGGUCAAUCAGGAAUUGUGGAUUAAAGCGAUCGCGGUUUGCAAUGCGAAUGAAAACCGCAGAAACCGUGGGAUUAAAGCCAAAAAAAAAGUGUUGCGACAUUGGGAUGCCGAGAUUGUUGAGUGGCUGAUUGCAGUAAAUUCUUCUGCAUGGUUUAUGACGAGAAUCCGAGCAUUAGCAAACAAAUUGUCAUCAAGCGACGGCGCGCGAUGUGUUAACAGAGCAUUUUUAAAUCGAUUGUCAAAAGCCGGAAGGGGGUUUUCUGCUAAACUCGAACUUCAACCCGAUGACUUCUCAAAAGCAUUAGCUCUCACGAAUUUUGAUGAUGUUACCUCGCAAGAAAUGAAGCAAUUCGGAUUGCGUAUCGGUCAAUUUGGAUUUUUGGAAGAAGGGUUGGCUUUAGUAUCAGAAGACAGUGGUAUACAAUCAAAGCCAGAGUCAGAUUCAAACAAUCCCGCCCGCGCAAAUCUCGCGCGUGCAAAUGACGCUUCCUCGCUCAACCAAUCACAAGCGAAGCGGGAUUUCUCAGGCAGGUCUCGGGAAAUCAGGGAGACCCCAUCGCCCAGCAAGACUAUCAAGCCCCGCACCAACUGCGUUUGUUCGCGUGAACUUACAUCGAAUUGGAAAUCGGUUGUCACUAAAGAAGCUGGAUAUGAGAAAUCUAUAAAUUUCAAACUGCUCAAGAUAUUUUGUAAUGCAAAAUACCCUUGUUAUGAUCACUCCCGUGCUAUGGCAAGUUGUCUCGGUUUACGUACUAGAGGAAAGGAUCGUGCAGCAUUGAUCUACAUAUUGCAUUGCGUUUACCAACAUCGAGAUAAUAUUGGCAAACUCAAAACCGAUGCCAAAACAUAUCAGAUGUUCCGGGUAAAGAAUCGACCAGCACGACCAGAGGAUGGUUUGGGACCUUACAAAUUUAUACACACACUGAUACCAACCGAGUUUAAAUUCGACAGUCGCUUUAUUCAAAAAUGGGUCGGAGUGAGCGAUGAAAUUCUCAAGCAAUUUACGCAAGAUGGAUCCAUGAAUCUUGAUAUCUUUGGGUGGUGGUUCAAAACCGAAAUUGGGGCGAUCGUCUUAAAGGAGUUUGAUAUGUACAAUCACCACCUCCAGAAACAAAAUGGGAUCGAUAACCAUGGGUGGCUCCGGAAUAUGUCUUACUCUAUUGGGCAACAAUUGAUGCGUCAGGAUCCGAUGUAUUACUGUACAUACGCUGCAUCGAGACCUGAUUCGGCAUGGAGAUUGGUAACCUAUCCACACUACGCCAAGUUUGCCAAGGAGGGUGAUGAAACCUAUUUUCGGCACAUCAAUUUUAAUGUGAGAGAGUUGAUACAAAGAGGAAGAGGGGGCUCUAUGAUCCAAGGUUCUGUUUCUCUCGAUGAUGAAGACGAAUCGAAUUGUACUGUUAUCCUUGCAGGUAUGCACACGCACAUCGACAAGUGGUGGGCAAAGGUCAAGGAGCGUGGCCAAGAGAGACAUGGUCUAGUGCAUUGUAUCAAAGAGAAUAUGUUUACUAAAGAGGAUGCUAAAGAAUUCGGAAUUGAUUGGAAAGCUACACCUUGCAAGAGGGGUGAGGCACGCAUCACCCUCCCCCAACUUCCUCACGGUUCCGAUGGUCCUACCAAGAGCACUCGGAGGACGAUGCUCCCAUGGUUUGUCCAUGUGCAAGAUGAUCUCUCGACGCUUGAGAUUAUAGAUGCAGGUUCAUGGGAAAUGCUUUCGCAAACGCACAGGGAUAUGGUAGCACCUAUUGCUACACCAUCUGGAUUAGAAAAUAGCUAUGGUGCUAUCCCAUACAAAUUUCCUGCAGCCGUUGAAAUCAGUGGGCUUGGGCAUCUUUCCAAUGCUUUAGUGUGUGCUCGUAGAUGGGAUUCGUUGGCUGUGCUCCAUGAUCGAGAUAUACUUCUUUUGGGACCUCGAGAAAUUGCCGAUGAGUAUAUAAAAAAUUGGAGAGCAACUGCUGUGAUUGCAGCUGUGGAUGCAUUCGAAUUGAUGGUACAAAGGGAGAAGGAUGUAUUUGGUGAGAGAUCAUAUUUUUAUCAUCUUGAUCGCUUGGAAAAAGAGAAUAUACCUUUCCCAGUGUUGGAGGCAGAUGUAAUCCGGAUGGACCCAGAUGCGUUCGAGGAUGAGAGCGGUGAUCAACGAUCAAAACCGAACUUCGCUGAAUUUUGGAAUGGAGAUGAAGAAAACACUGGAGAUGAGAUAGUAGUAGACACCCCGUGGGAAAUGGGAGAUGAUGAAGAUGAUAGCAUAGGGACUGCAGAUCAGGCUAUAGAUGAGGAAGAGGUAGAGGUGGAGGAAGGGGAUGUGGUGAGGGAAGAGGAUGUAAUGGAGGAAGAUGAUGUAAUAGAAGGAGAUGAAGAGAAUACAAUGAAGGGAGACGUGGAAAUGAAAAAAGAGGUGAAGGUGAAGGUGAAGGUGGAGGAAGAGGAUGUGGUGGGAGAAGAGAAUGUAAUAGAAGCAGAGGAAGAGAAUGCAAUGGAGGGAGACGUGGAGAUGAAAAAAGAGGUGAAGGUGAAGGUGAAGGUGGAAGAAGAGGAUGCAAUAGAGGAGGAGUAG